AUGGCAAACCGUCGUGUGCCUCUCGCAAACAUCCCUAAUGCCACCAACUCACCCUUCCGAGCCGUCAACGCGAAACGGAAAUCCCACGCGAGCGACCAACGCGACCUCGCCUAUGGCCAGCCACCACAGAAGAGGCAGAUGAUAGAGGUUGAUGACGAGGAGGCACGGCGGAACAACUUGCUGAAAAGGACCGCGAACAACCCUCCUACUGCUUUGCAAAAGAAGUUUGAAGCAGCUCGAGAAAGCAAGCCGGCACAGACACAGAAGCCGACGAGUGAGAAUUUGGAAACCAUCCGACAAUGGCAGAGGCACUACCGGAAGGCCUUCCCACAAUUUGUCUUCUACUUCGAAAGCAUAUCAGAUGACGCGAGGGUAAAGAUAUUACGACAAGUUCUCGCGCUAGGAGCACGAGAGGAAAAGUUCUUCUCCAGAGUCGUGACGCACGUCGUAACUACACGUGCUAUACCACCAGAGCUAUCAACGUCCUCUGACUCUAAAACACCCACAUCUAACCUCAGCGGAUCCCACGACAACCGUGAGCAGCCACGAAAGACCGUCAACAUAUCCCUGCUGGAACGCCCAGCCGACCUGCAGAAUCAGGCUUUCCAGUCGAAGACGAGGAUGAUGCUCGAGACAGCGCUGCAGAAGAAACCGGUUGACCCUACAAAGAACGACGUGCUGCACAAAGCCCGGGAGCUAGGCAUGAAGAUAUGGCCGCUGGAAAAGUUGCAGCGGAUGAUGACAACAAUGUUCAACACGGAGACUGGGGAGCAAGCACAGGUUGGGUAUAACACCCGCAGUAAUGUUGCCGCCGUCGCGCCUCUCAAAAGUCGGGAACCCGAUCUAGGGCAGUUGCUCAAGAACGAAAAGCUGAACGGACACGCGGAUCGAGCCUUCGGUGUAGCUGCCCAGGACAUGAUGCAGUUUCAGGGCCACUACAUAUACAUCCACGACAUCGACGAGAAGACGAAGCCAGUCAUGAUACGGGAUUACCCCCGAGUGAAGACGAAAGAGGAGGGCAAAUGGCCACAGUUUCGCCUCACGAGUGAAGGCAGGUGUCCGUUCGUAGAAGACCCUGCACACCUCAGGCGGAUGCAGCUCAACGAGCAGAAAGAGAGGCUGGCCAAGCUGAAGGCUCAGUCAGCAGCACCGAGAACACGUGCUGCCGCUGCCUUAGAAGCAGCUCAGCAACGUGCUCCCGCACAGGCGCCAGUAGAAAAGAAGGUCUUAGGAGAGAACAUGAACGCCACCAACCGUCCUUCAACAGCGAACCCACUGCCUACCGACAAGGCUUUCUGCAAACCACUCGACCCUCCGAAGACGAUACCCGCCAAGAGGGAGAACCCAGACAGCACAAGCAUGCCGCCACUGUUUGGUAGCGUGCAAGCCAACAUGCGACCAGCACCACGGUACGCAGGCGGCGAACCCGUUGCCUCUGGCGUCCAGCCAUCAAACAUCACAUCCGCCAUCCGGUCCAAGAUGAUCUCCUCGACUGCUAUCUCGUCGACCGCCCCGGGGCCGCGUGCAGGCACCAGCAAAGAAGUCCACCAACUCAAGAGGAAAGUUCUCGAGAAGAACAAUGUACCGUCCGCAAACAGCAUUCCUUCUUCCUACAUGAACGACGUCAGGGCAGCCAUCAACGGCGCACCUACCCGAGCCGCGAAGCGCAAAGCGCAAGAGAACCUGGCCCAGAUCAACGAGGAGGGCUUGUCAGACGAGGAGAACGCGACACGUCGAGCGGCCGUGGCCCGGCAGAAGAAGAAAGUCGUCGAGAAAGAACUCAAGCCUGGGUACUGCGAGAAUUGCCGGGAGAAGUUCGCUGACUUUGAUGAGCACGUCAUCUCUCGUAAACACCGGAAGUUCGCGCUCGAUGCUAAUAAUUGGACGGAGCUGGACGAGCUGCUGGGCAAGUUAACCCGUCCGAUUAGGGGGGCGUGA